UCCUCCAGGUGAAAUGCACCUGCUGAGAACGUCCGAUGUCGCCCAGGCCACGCUCGCCAGCGUCGCCCCCAUGUUCACUGUGACAAAAUUUGACAAAGGAGGAAACGUGACGUCUUUUGAAAGGAAGAAAACGGACUUAUACCAAGAAUUAGGUCUUCAGGCCAGAGAUCUGCGGUUCCAGCACCUCAUGAGCAUCACCACCAGGAACAACAGGAUCAUCCUGAGAAUGGAGUACCUGAAGGCGGUGAUCACCCCCGAGUGUCUCCUGAUCCUGGAUUAUCGUCACUUAAACCUGGAGCAGUGGCUGUUCCGGGAGCUCCCCGCGCAGCUGGCCGGAGAGGGCCAGCUGGUCACGUACCCUCUGCCCUUUGAGUUCAGAGCCAUGGAAGCACUCCUGCAGUACCGGAUCAGCAAGCUGCAGGGGAAGCUGCGCCUGCUGGAGCCCCGGAUCCUCGACACGCUGGAGGCGUUAGUGGACCCCAAACACUCCUCUGUGGACAGAAGCAAACUGCACAUCCUGCUGCAAAACGGCAAAAGCCUGUCCGAGCUGGAGACGGACGUCCGGAUGUUCAAGGAGGCGAUCCUGGAGAUCCUGGACGACGAGGAGCGGCUGGAGGAGCUCUGCCUCAGCAAGUGGAGCGACCCCGAGGUCUUUGAGCAGAGCAGCGCGGGCAUCGACCACGCGGAGGAGAUGGAGCUGCUGCUGGAGAACUGCCACCGGCUGGCCGAGGACCUGGCGCAUGCGGCCCGCGAGCUACGGGCGCUGAUCGACGACUCGCAGAGCGUCCCGACACUGUCCCGCAGCCACCGCAACGUCAUGAUGCGGCUGAACCUGCAGCUGACCAUGGGCACCUUCUCGCUCUCGCUCUUCGGCCUGAUCGGAGUUGCCUUUGGCAUGAAUUUGGAAUCGUCCCUUGAGGAGGACCACAGGGUGUUCUGGCUGGUCACCGGGAUCAUGUUCAUGGGCAGUGGCCUGAUCUGGAGGCGGCUGCUGUCCUUCCUUGGGCGGCAGCUAGAGGCUCCUGUGCCUCCGAUGAUGGCCUCCUUACCGAGGAAGACCCUGCGGGCAGACGGACGGCUGGACACGAAGCCCAGCCUCAGGCCGGACGGGCUGGGGUCCAGCAGGAGCGUCCUCACGCCCCGGUGAGCGCGGCUCGCACGGCGGUCGCUGGUGAGACCGAGCCAAGCACAGAGCGGCGUUGUCAUCUGAGGAAGGCCCGGCGAGCGACCGACGAG